GUAGCAAUCCAAGUUGGCUACCCGGGGCCGCCCGGUUCAGAUUCCAUCCCACUCCCACUGUUCUUCCACCCCAUCCUUUCCUCUGCUCUCUCCAACGCGAAGGAAGAAGAGCCCACCUUCUGCCCCCUCCUUCAAUCGCUUCUCUCGUCAUGAGCGUCGCCUUCUACCACGCCUCCGCUCUCACAAGCACCCUGGCCUCCCCCUCCACUCCUAUCCGCAUACGCCACCGCGCUCUCUGCCAAAACCGCGCCUCCUGCCUUACUUUCCGCCCGUUGCGGGCUCACGCUUCCGAUAAUGUUACAAUUUCGCCUAAAAGUUCUUCCUUUUCGAUUUCGGUGCCGCAGCAGCAAGCGGAAGCAUCAGACGAGGAGGAUUUGGAAGAAAAGGAGCCUCCUUCCGUCGAGCAGUGGUUCCAUGACGUGGCCCAAGAGAGGGAUAUGAGGUCACUCCCCUCGCCCGAGCUCCAGGUGGUCCAGCUCGAGGAUCUCCCAGAGCAAUGGAGGAGGUCCAAGAUCGCGUGGCUCUGCAAGGAACUGCCGUCCUACAAACACUCCACUUUCGUCAGAAUCCUCAACGCGCAGCGCAAGUGGAUCAGGCAAGAAGACGCCACCUACGUCGCUGUCCACUGUAUGCGAAUCCGGGAGAACGAAGCCAGCUUCCGGGUGUACAAAUGGAUGUCACAGCAGCACUGGUUCCGCUUUGAUUUACCUCUUGCGACAAAGCUUGCUGAUUAUUUGGGAAAGGACCGGAAAUUUGCAAAAUGUCGAGAGAUCUUUGACGCUAUCGUGAAUCAAGGUCGUGUCCCCAGUGAGUCCACUUUUCACAUAUUGACAGUAGCUUAUCUGAGUGCACCUGUCGAAGGUUGCCUCCAUGAAGCUUGCGGCAUCUAUAACAAGAUGAUUCAAUUGGGCGGCUAUAUGCCACGCCUGAGCUUGCACAACUCUCUCUUCAGAGCCAUCAUGAGUCAGCCGAGUGGUAAAGUAAAGCAUUAUCUUAGACAAGCUGAGUUCAUCUUCCACAACAUAAUCACUUGUGAUCUUGAGGUGCAUCAAGAUAUCUAUGCUGGUUUGAUCUGGCUCCACAGCUAUCAAGACACCAUUGACACGGAAAGGAUUGCAGCUCUAAGGAAAGAAAUGAAAAUUGCUGGGUUCAAAGAGAGUACAGAUGUUCUCAUCUCCAUCAUGAGGGCUUACUCGAAAGAAGGUAAUGUAGAAGAAACAGAAAACACAUGGCUCAAGCUUCUUCGGGGUGAUUGUAGUAUCCCACCUAAGGCUUUUGUUUAUCGCAUGGACCUUUAUGCAAGAGUUGGAGAGCCCAUGAAAUCACUGGAGAUAUUUGAUACGAUGAAGAAGCAAAAUAUACCUGUUAGUUCGGCUGCAUAUCUUAAAAUCAUUGAGGUCAUGUCAAAGGCUGAGGAGAUUGAAUUUGCUGAAGCAAUUUUUGAAGAGUACAUUGGAACUGGAAUGAAACAUCUUAUGCCUGCCUAUGAAGAUUUGAUAUCUAUGUACUUCAGUUUGGGUUUAGAUGAUAAGUUGGUAACAACAUUCUAUCAAUGCCUGACCAAAUGCAGUCCCAAUAGGAGGAUCUAUAAUAUAUACCUGGAGUCCUUGGUGAGAGUUGGCAACCUUGAGAAGGCUGAAGAUGUAUUUAAUGAGAUGCAUUCAAAUGGGACAAUUGGUAGUAGUGCCCGGUCAUGUAAUGCCAUUUUGGAAGGCUAUCUUGCUUCAAGAGAUUGUGUUAAAGCUGAAAAGAUAUAUGAUAUCAUGCGCCUUAAAAAAUAUGAACUAAAGGCUGAACUUUUGGAAAAGCUACAAGAAGUUAUUAGCUUGAAUAGGAAGAUAGUUAAGAGAAAAAUAAGCAUGAAGCUCAACAACGAACAGCGUGAAAUUCUAGUUGGCUUACUACUAGGAGGUGUAAGAAUAGAAUCAGACGAGGAGAGGAGGAAUCAUGCCAUAUUUUUUGAAUUUGAUCAGAAUUCCAAGGUUCACUCUUCUCUAAAAGUACAUAUUCAUGAAAGGUUUUAUGAAUGGUUAACAUCUUCAAGUAGGUCUACAGAUGAUGACAAGGUAUUAAAUCAAUUUUGUACUGUGGCACACUCUUAUUUUGGUUUCUUUGCCGAUCAGUUCUGGUUGAACGGCCGACCUAUGAUUCCGAAGCUUAUUCAUAGGUGGUUAUCAGCUCGUGUUCUUGCAUAUUGGUAUAUGUUUGGAGGAUUGAGAAUUUCCUCAGGUGAUAUUUUGUUGAAGCUGAAAGGCGGUGGCUGCGGAGGCACUGAAAGGAUCAUCAAAUCAUUACAGGCAAGAUCCUUAGAAUGCAGAACCAAAAGGAAGGGAAGAGUGUUUUGGAUAGGAUUUCAAGGAGCCAAUGCCGAUAGAUUUUGGGAACUCACUGAACCCUACAUUUUGGCGACUGUUAAGAGUCAUUUGGAUCCUGGUGGUUGUGUCUCAGUUAAUGGAGAGGAAGAAGUUGAAUUCAAUACCUUGGAGUCUGAGUCUGAUAUCGAUUGAGGGCUGCCUCUUAGUGAAGAAAAAAAAAGCAACCAGCUCGGUUUGAUAAACCAUUUGACACUGAAUUCACUGAGACAUUUGAAACGAAUGAAAAUAAAUGUAGGUGAUGUUGCCAUGAGGAAAAUGUAGAUUUUGUAGAAUGUCCUGUUUAUUAUAUUUUGCUGCAACAUAAGCCAAAUACGCUGUGUGGAUGAUUAAAUUGAUUUGCAAAGGGAAAAGUAAAUGAUCUUCUACGUCUAU